UUAGCGAGCAUGGUGGCCCUGGGGGUUGCCGUGGGGCUGUUGCUGCCAUUAGUCCUGCGGGCCCACAUGCGUGCAGGUGCUGGUUUUCGAUUUGCGUCAUACAUCAGUGACUACAUGGUGCUACAGAAGGAGCCUGCAGGGGCAGUGAUUUGGGGCUAUGGCAUAUCUGAAGCCACAGUGACAGUGACUCUUUGUCGAGAGCAGGAAACCAUCAUGAAGAAAGUGACUCAUGUGACAGCACACUCUAAUAAAUGGAUGGUGGUACUGGAUCCUAUGAAGCCUGGUGGACCUUAUGAAGUGAUGGCACAGCAGACUUUUGGAAAAAUGAACUUAACCGUGGGAGUUCAUGAUGUCUUAUUCGGAGAUGUCUGGCUUUGCAGUGGGCAAAGCAACAUGCAGAUGACGGUUUCACAGAUAUUUAAUGCUACACGCGAGCUGGCCGACACCGCGGCCUACCAGUCUGUCCGCAUCCUCUCCGUGUCUCUCAAUCAGGCAGAGCAGGAGCUCGAGGACCUCGCUGAGGUUGACUUGCAGUGGUCUAAGCCCACCGCAGAAAACUUAGGCCACGGGAGUUUCGAGUACAUGUCGGCAGUGUGCUGGCUCUUCGGGCGCCACCUGUACGACACCCUGCAGUAUCCCGUCGGGCUGGUCUCCUCUUCGUGGGGUGGGACCCCCAUUGAAGCCUGGUCAUCUGGAAGGUCACUGAAAGCCUGUGGGGUCUCUAAGGAAGGGUUCACUUUGCCGGUGUCUAUAAGUGGUCCCAGUGAGCACUCGGUUCUCUGGAAUGCCAUGAUCCAUCCACUGCUCAGUAUGACUCUGAAAGGCGUGAUAUGGUACCAGGGGGAGGCCAAUGUCGAUCUUAACAGGGACCUGUACAAUUGCACGUUCCCCGCGCUCAUUGAGGACUGGCGCCAGACCUUCCACCUGGGCUCUCAGGGGCAGACGGAGCGCUUCCUCCCAUUUGGAUUUGUCCAGUUGUCUGCAGUUUUGUCUGAUGAAGAGUCAGAUGAUCGAUUUUCCCAGAUCCGCUGGCAUCAAACAGCAGACCUUGGCUAUGUCCCCAACCUAAGGAUGCCCAACACUUUCAUGGCUGUAGCUAUGGACCUCGGUGACAGGAACUCGCCUUUCGGCAGCAUCCACCCUCGAGAUAAGCAGACUGUGGCCUACCGGCUGCACUUGGGCGCCCGAGCUGUGGCUUAUGGGGAGAAGACGCUGACCUUCCAGGGACCACUGCCUGAGAAGAUCGAGCGCUUGGCCGACAAGGGGCUGCUCAGCCUCACGUAUUCCCAGCAAAUUGAGGUGCAGAGGCAGGAUGACAAGAUAUUUGAGAUCUCCUGUUGUGGUGACCAUCAGUGCAAGUGGCUUCCAGCUCCCAUGAACACUUUCUCCACCCAGACCCUGGCCCUGAAUAUCAGUUCUUGUCCGGGCGCCGUGACUGCUCUCCGCUAUGCCUGGGCCUCGUGGCCUUGCGAAUAUAAACAGUGUCCCCUCUACCACCCCAACAGUACCCUGCCGGCCCCUCCCUUCAUUACUUUUACUGCAAACUAGAUGCCUGGACAUCAGAGCAAGGCUGCUAAGUGAGUUAGUGCAGUAGGAGCAGAUUUUAGACACAAGUAAAUGACAACAACAAAAACAAAAGAUAUAAUUUUGAUUCAUUCACACCAACAGCUAUUAUUGUGUUGGCUGUUGGGUGUGUUUUUUUUAAUUUGGCAAUCUAAGGGAAAAGAGGUCAAUGCCAUGACUAAACAGGUAUUGCAUGUUUUAAAAAUUAGAUUUGGGCAUUUAGGAGUUUUAAAUGAUGACAACUGUUGCUUUUAAAGGAAAUUAACAGAAAAACUUCAUUGGAGAGUUCCCAGCUAGCCUGGGGCUGCUUCUGUAUUCUGAGAGGAGCCAGGGCUGGUAAACAGUGAAAUGCCUGCCUUUUGUCCUCUAGUUGGGCUGGUGCCUGUAUUGGACUCAUGCCAAACUACAAGCAAAUUGGACCUCAAUGCCAUUCACUUCCUCAUAACUGGGAGUGAAACAUCUAGCUGGCCCACAUGGCCUUGAAGUUUCUUCCAACCCUAGUUUCCUCAGCUCUGGGUGUAAGAGGACAAAGUGUUAGAUAUUUCCCUCUAAGCCAAAUACAGUUCUGCUCUUUCAGUUCCAAUAAUAAUGUGGAUGGUGAAAGCUAACAGAGCAGAACCAUGUGUAGGCAUUUGGGGAGGUGCCGAGGCCAGCCUUGGGAAUGAAGAGAAAGGUGAAGUGUAGUAAAGAAGAUGCUCAGGCUGCCAGUAACAGGUCCUGGGGAUCACCAGCUUAGAAGGUGUCACAUUGGAGGUCACUGAGGAGCAGGCAGGUCGUUAGCGAUACCGUAUUUUCCGGCGUGUAAGACGACUUUUUAACCCAGGAAAAUCUUAUACGCUCAGUCGUCUUAUACGCCGGAAAAUAUGAUAAUUAUAAAUCUCAGGCCCUGGCCAGCAUUGCUCAAUGAUCAGAGCGUCCGCCCAUGAACCCAAGGGUCAUGGGUUCGAUUCUGGUCAAGGGCACAUACCUGGGUUACAGGUUCCCCACCCCGAUUGGGGCUUCUGCAGGACACAGCCAAUUGAUGUGGCUCUCGCACAUGGAUGUUUCUCUCUCUCUCUCCCUCCCACCUCCCUUCCACUUGCUCUAAAAUC